AUGGUAAUUUCAUUCGUUAUUCUUAUUCUUAUUAUUUAUCGUUUAUAUUAUAAUCAAUUCUAUCGACGUCAAAGUAAUAGUCGAUGUUCAACAUCAGUUUUCAAUGAUAAUAUUUCAUUAAUACUUAUUGGUAAUACCUAUUUAAUUUUUUUUAUCUAUCAUAUAACAUGGAUUUCAAUACUUUUUCGUACAUUUAUUGGAGAUUUUUCUCUUUUAAAAAAUCUCAUUUAUCUUGGUGAUUCAAAAGCUUGUCGAAUACAAGUUGGUAUAAUUUUUUUCUUAACAAGUCAAAUGUAUCUGAGUUUUUUAUUACAAGCAUUAUAUCGUCUUUUUAGAAUUAUUUUCAUUUCAAAAUUAUCUACAAUAAAAAUUUGUCAAAUGUCAUUAAAUGAUAUUUCAAUUUAUAUCUUAAUGAUUAUUUUCAGUUGGUUAAUAUCAUUUGUUGUUCUAAUUCCAGCAUAUACGAUAUUAAAUGUUUUUUCUUAUUUUCCUAAACAAUAUCAUUGUCUUAUAUCUUUUAUAAAUAUAAAAGGUUUUAUUUAUUCACUUCUUGUUUGUUAUCUUAUACCAGUAUGUUUUAUAUUAAUUAUUUAUUUUCGACUUAUUUUCUAUGUUCAUCGAUUACCUAAUCGUGGUAGUUCAUUACAAGCAAGACGUGAAAUAACUGUUAUAAGAUUUAUUUUGAAGAUUUGUUUCGCAAUGAGUAUUCUUGGUUUUCCUACGCUUUUCUUUCUAUUUCAAUUCAUUAUUACGGGUGAAAUACAUCCACUUGCCGAUCGAAUUCAUGAGUUAUGUAUAGCUAUAAAUGCAAUUGGUUUUACUUUUGGUUACGCAAUUCUCAAUUCAUUUUCUAAACUUUUAUCUGAACUUCAUACUGCUGAGGAAAAUAAUAUGAUAAGGUUAAGAAAUAUCAACACAUAA